AUGCCUGCCUUCUCCAGCCUCGCUUCUGGCCUCGCAGCCGCCCUCCUCCUCAGCCAGACCUCAGCCCAUUUCCUGCUCGACUACCCCACGUCGGUCGGCUUCGAUGACGAAAUGGAAUCCGUCAUCCCAUGCGGCGGCUUCUCGGUCGACUUCUCUAGCGCUGAGGUAACCAAAUUCUACGUCUCCGGCGACAGCAUCGCCCUGCGCUCUACCCACCCAACCACGACCUGGCUCUUCCGUGCCACAAUCGGCGCGCCUAUCGCCGCCGGAAACUGGACCAUUCUCUCGGCGAGCAUCGAGCAGAAAAACAUAGGCGAGUUCUGUAAGAGCGACAUCAUGGUCCCAGAAAGUUUCGCCGGCAAUUACGGCACGAUUGGUGUUGUAGCUAAUUCCCCGGAUGGGGUGCUCUACCAGUGCGCUGCAGUAUCGUUCGUCGCCGGCAGUGCGCCAGCCGUCCCCUCCUCUUGCAAAAACGGGACAGGCGUGACAGCCACCUACAAUGCCGACACUUCACUUUCUUCCCUCCCGCCCUCGACGGCCGGGACAGGUGACAAGAGAGAAGGAACUGCUCCUUCCGAGUUUCAACAGGGUGGUUGUCAGAAGUCAUUAAUAUACUAG